GUGGCGUCAGCACAUCGUGCCGUUUCACGGCCAAGUGACGUUCCAGCGUGUGGGUGGGCCUCGCUGUGUUCAUUCAGUCAACGGCCAUUGGGGUUGUUUCCACUUUGGUUAUUGUGAAUCACGUGGCUGUGAACAUCUGUGUGGAGGGUUUUGCUCUGAUAUGUUUUGAAAAUAGAUGAAGACUGGAUGAGUGCGGGGUGAGGAGGCAGGUACUGGGGGCGGGAGGGCAGUCCCGGCCUGAGCACCUGGAAAGGCGAGGCCGAGGAUGCGGGAGUGAAAUUCAGAAGCUCCGUGUGAUUCGGGGACCCAUGCGGUGAUGUGGGGAGGGGGCUGAGGAGCAGUGGGAGCGCUGAGUCCCGAACCGCACAGGCCCAGCCCCAGCUCCUUCCUUCACCCGCUCCUGCUGGGGCAGGAGGGUGUGGUCUGGACAGGGGCCAGGGCCCCCAGCACCGUUGCCAGGACACCAAGAGGUGGCCUUUGUCGCUGUCAACAAUGGCCCCACAGCCCUCCUAGGCAAGAGCAGCCGGGAGCCCAGAGGCAGACAUGCAGACCCUGAGGCGGGAGGCUGCCCGGUCCUGCGUCCCCCAGGGGACCCUCGAGGUGGACUUCCCGGCAUCUCUCUAUAGUGAUGACUACCUAUCCCUGGCGGGGCCCCGCUGGACGCCGGCCAUCAGACAGGCAGUGCGCUGGAAGUACACGCCCAUGGGACGAGACGCGGCCGGCCAGUCAUGGUACACAGGCCUAACCAACUCGGACUUCCGCGAAGCCUGGUACACGCUCCCCAGGUCCCUGGACAGCCCCUACCGUGAGGCUUACGCCCACUGGCAAGGAUGCUACGGCCACCGGGAGCGCAGCAUGCCCUCGGCCUACACCCAGCACCUCCGGGAGACCGCCUGGUACGACCCCAUCGUGCCCACCCAGCACAGGGCCCCCAGCACGCGGUGGGGGACCAUGCUGUGGAAAGACAGACCCAUCCGGGGCAAGGAAUAUGUGGUCAACAGGCACCGGUACGGGGUGGAGCCACUGGGCAGGGUAUCCGACUACGUGCCCGACCUGUCAGCACAGCAGCGGCCACGCUACACCACCCAGAACUACCGGCAGUGGGACCUGGAACCCUACUGCCCGGCCAUCGGCCAGCGGCCCCCCGCUGUCCACACGCCCACCCUCUGA